AUGAAGGCAGUAGAAACAAGAAACAAACGUUUACAGAGCGGCUCCGCGGACAGGCCCGCCAUGCAGCUAGCGGCGGCUGACGUCGGCUCGCAGCUGCAGCACAUGUGCAGCUUGGACAUCGACUCGAGGGCGUCCUAUGUCCGUCUGUCGGGCAUCAUAUGCACCAUCGGGCCGGCCUCACGCGACGUGGGCAUGCUGGAGAAGAUGAUGGAGACGGGCAUGAAUGUCGCCCGCAUGAACUUCUCUCACGGCUCCCACGAAUACCACGCGGAGACGAUCAAGAACUGCCGCGAGGCGGAGAAGAACUACAGCGCCAAGCUGGGCAUGCCCUUCUCCCUGGCCAUCGCUCUGGACACCAAGGGACCCGAAAUCAGGACGGGGCUGCUCGAGGGUGGCGGCUCCGCUGAGGUGGAACUGAAGAAGGGAGAGACCAUCAACCUCACCACCAACCCAUCUUACCAAGAGAAAGGCAACGCAACCACCGUCUUUGUUGACUACAAGAACAUCACCGCCGUCGUGAAGCCAGGAAACAGGAUCUUCAUCGACGACGGCCUUAUCUCGGUCAUCUGCCAGUCUUCGACAGCUGACACCUUGGUCUGCACCAUCGAAAAUGGAGGUAUGCUGGGUUCGCGAAAAGGCGUCAACCUGCCUGGUCUGCCAGUGGAUCUGCCAGCGGUGUCGGAGAAGGAUAAGUCAGACCUGCUGUUCGGCGUGGAACAGGGCGUGGACAUGAUCUUCGCAUCGUUCAUCCGCAAUGGCGACGCCCUGCAAGAGAUCCGCGGCAUCCUUGGCGAGAAGGGCAAAAACAUCAAGAUCAUCUCCAAGAUCGAGAACCACCAGGGCAUGGUGAACCUGGACGAAAUCAUAGCGGCUUCGGAUGGCAUUAUGGUUGCCAGAGGGGACCUCGGUAUUGAGAUACCACCAGAGAAAGUGUUCCUUGCACAGAAGACCAUGAUUGCUCGAUGCAACCAAGUGGGCAAGCCGGUGAUCUGCGCCACGCAGAUGCUGGAGUCGAUGGUGAAGAAGCCGCGGCCCACCCGCGCCGAAACGUCCGACGUGGCGAACGCGAUCCUGGACGGGGCUGACUGCGUGAUGCUCUCGGGCGAGACCGCCAAGGGCGACUACCCGCUGGAGUGCGUGCUCACCAUGGCCAACAUCUGCAAGGAGGCGGAGGCGGCUAUCUGGCACAGGCAGCUGUUCACCGACCUUGUUGCUCAGGUGAAGGGGCCCAUCGAGCCGGCGCACUCUGUGGCCAUCGCGGCCGUGGAGGCGUCGAGCAAGUGCCUCGCGUCCGCCAUAGUGGUGAUCACCACCAGCGGCCGCUCGGCGCACCUGCUCAGCAAGUACCGGCCGCGCUGCCCCGUCAUCGCCGUCACGCGCCAGCCGCAGACCGCGCGCCAGGCGCACCUCUACCGCGGCGUGCUUCCCAUCGUCUACAACGAGGCGCCCGCCGGCGACUGGCUGAAGGACGUUGACCUGCGCGUGCAGUACGGACUGCAGUUCGGCCGCGAGCGCGGCUUCGUGAAGCGCGGGGACCAAGUUGUGGUGGUCACCGGCUGGCGGCAGGGCUCCGGCUACACCAACACCAUGCGCAUCAUCCCCGUUGAA